GCCGUUUUUCCUUCUUCAGCAGCAACAGCGUCAGUAGCAGCAACAGCAGCGGCAGCAGCAGCAGUAAGGAGAGGGAGAGCGAGGGAGAUGGCCGACUAGAUCUGAUAGAGAAGCCUCCAUCCCAGCUGAGAAAAAUCGCAGCCUUGACAAAGGACUCUUCCUAGGCCGUGCCCCACUCAAGGCCAAUUCUGCUCCACCCCCUUCGUGAGUGCUUUUGCCUGGCUGGAAUGUGUCCUUGAACCGUGAUGAUGCUUCUGGAUGGAAAGAGUACAACCCUCUGAGUUAAACAAGGCUUAGAAACCGACCGUGGGUGGUGGUCGUAGCAGAAACACUGUCCCGGCCCAGCCCCCUCAAGAGGCCCGGGAUGCAAGGGGGGGCUUGGCAGCACCAAUGGCCUUCAUGUCCCGGUUCUCCCGGAAUGGAUCCAGGACUCCUGUCCGGAGGACUCAUGACAACACUGUUAGCCACCCCAUCCUCAGCAUCUUUGAGCUGGAGAGGCUGCUGUACACAGGGAAGACAGCCUGUAACCAUGCCGAUGAGGUUUGGCCAGGACUCUACCUGGGAGAUCAAGAUAUAGCAGCUAACCGCCGUGAGCUGGCACGCCUGCAGAUCACCCACAUCCUCAAUGCUUCACACAGCAAGUGGCGGGGAGGGGCCGAUUACUAUGAGGGGACCGGCAUCUGCUACCUGGGCAUUGAGGCACAUGACUCACCCACUUUUGACAUGAGCCCCUACUUCGAGCCUGCAGCUGACUUCAUCCACAAGGCGCUGAGCAGGAGUGGAGGAAGGAUCCUUGUCCACUGUGCUGUGGGGGUGAGCAGAUCAGCCACAUUAGUCCUUGCCUACCUCAUGAUUUACCACCACUUGACCUUGGUGGAGGCCAUAAAGACCGUCAAGGACCACCGAGGCAUCAUCCCCAACCGGGGUUUCCUGCGCCAGUUGGCCGCCCUGGACAACUCCCUCAGGUCAAAACAGAGACCACGAGUGGGUGGGCCAUAGGGAAGUGAUGCCAGAGCCAAUCUUGAGGCAUUUCCAGGCCAUCAUUCGGGCUCUGGUAUCCCCAAACUUCCACACUUCCUGCCCCACAGAAACCCAGCUAUAAAACUCCAAGACCUACAAGGCCGCCAACCACUAAAGGUAGUGAGCAAGCUCAGGUUUCUGAGAGGCAGAGGGGUGUUUUUUCUCCCUUCCAUUUCUCUAUCCUUGCUGGCUUUGGGAAGCCAUAAAAUGGACUCCCAGAUGGCAAGUCCCAACCUCAGACUGAGGGAGCUUUAAACUGCCUAAAUUCCCUUGGAGUCAUGUGCAAUGUGUCCUGUUGCUUUCUAUAUUUGCUUGUAGCCUUUGUUAAAGAGCUUAGGUAGCCCUCCCCCCAAAAAAAUGUAUUUUAGCUUUGGGAAUAAAGUCCUACAGAGACAAA